AAAAGAGGCAACUGGAUUUCAGGUCACAGCGGGAUUGCAGUGUCAAAAAGAAAAGAAGGAACACCCAGCUUGGACAGAAACAGAGAACGAAGACAGUCAGGUGGUGCUUCUCCCCCGAAGAUCCCUACGACCGGCGAAGGUACCAAGGGCGAUAUCCGCGAUUGUCAACCCAACUGAACCCGCCCGGAAGCUCUAGAGUAGCAAGGCAACCUAACCCCCCUCCUCCCGUUACCAAACUGAACCCAGGCAGCUCCCUCUAUGUGUACUGCCCUGCCUAGAGAUCUCGGAGUUCCGGGAUCCCGUCAUCUGGUUUUCUCCUCGUUGUUGGGUCUUCUCUCGCUCGCUCAUCAGACUCGCUGUCCCACACACACGGCACAUUCACGGCUUGGCAAAAAGAGCAAAGACGGUGAGGCUACUAGCAGUCCCAGAGGUUCGGAUGCACAUGAACACCUACCUAGUCGGAGAGGUUGACGGAGGAGGAGCCGCCCGUUCAUCAACGCCCGAUGCAGGUUGGAGAAGAAAGAGACGAAAAAAAAAAA